GAUUUUAGAUAAUGGGCUGUGUGCAAUGUAAGGAUAAAGAAGCAACAAAACUGACUGACGAGAGGGAUGGCAGUUUAACUCAAAGCUCAGGCUACCGCUAUGGGACAGAUCCCACUCCGCAGCACUAUCCUAGCUUUGGUGUGACUUCAAUCCCAAACUACAACAACUUCCAUGCCACAGGAGGCCAGGGACUGACUGUGUUUGGUGGAGUCAAUUCCUCCUCUCAUACAGGGACGCUGCGUACAAGAGGAGGAACAGGUGUAACUCUUUUUGUGGCGCUUUAUGACUAUGAAGCAAGAACAGAAGAUGACUUAAGUUUUCACAAAGGAGAAAAAUUUCAAAUACUUAACAGCUCGGAAGGAGACUGGUGGGAGGCCCGGUCCUUGACAACAGGCGAAACUGGUUACAUUCCCAGUAAUUAUGUGGCUCCAGUCGAUUCCAUCCAAGCAGAGGAGUGGUACUUUGGCAAGCUUGGCCGAAAAGAUGCUGAGAGGCAGCUGUUGUCAUUUGGAAACCCCAGAGGUACCUUCCUGAUCCGGGAAAGUGAAACUACCAAAGGUGCCUAUUCCCUGUCUAUUCGUGACUGGGAUGAUAUGAAAGGAGAUCAUGUCAAACAUUAUAAGAUUCGUAAACUUGACAAUGGUGGAUAUUAUAUCACAACUCGGGCACAGUUUGAAACUCUUCAGCAGCUGGUUCAGCAUUAUUCAGAGAAAGCUGAUGGUUUGUGUUUUAACUUAACUGUGAUUGCUACGAAUAAUACCCCACAAACUGUUGGAUUGGCUAAAGAUGCAUGGGAAGUUGCACGUGAUUCAUUAUUUCUGGAACAGAAGCUUGGUCAGGGGUGUUUCGCUGAAGUGUGGCGUGGUACAUGGAAUGGAAAUACUAAAGUGGCUAUCAAGACCCUGAAGCCUGGCACUAUGUCUCCAGAAUCCUUCUUAGAGGAAGCCCAAAUCAUGAAGAAGCUAAAACAUGACAAACUGGUCCAACUUUAUGCUGUGGUAUCUGAAGAACCUAUCUAUAUUGUCACGGAGUACAUGAGCAAAGGGAGUUUGCUAGAUUUCUUAAAAGAUGGAGAAGGAAGAGCUUUGAAGUUACCAAAUUUGGUGGACAUGGCAGCCCAGGUGGCUGCAGGAAUGGCGUACAUCGAGCGAAUGAAUUACAUACACAGAGAUCUGCGGUCUGCAAAUAUUCUGGUGGGGAAUGGCCUAAUAUGCAAGAUUGCUGACUUUGGAUUGGCAAGACUGAUAGAAGACAACGAAUAUACAGCCAGACAAGGUGCAAAGUUUCCCAUUAAAUGGACGGCACCAGAAGCAGCGUUGUACGGAAGGUUCACAAUAAAGUCGGAUGUGUGGUCUUUUGGCAUCCUACUGACAGAGCUGGUAACAAAAGGGAGAGUGCCAUACCCAGGCAUGAAUAAUCGCGAAGUCUUGGAGCAAGUAGAGCGUGGUUAUCGGAUGCCGUGUCCUCAGGACUGUCCCAUCUCCUUGCACGAGCUCAUGAUCCACUGCUGGAAAAAAGACCCAGAGGAGCGCCCAACUUUCGAGUAUUUGCAGGGUUUCCUUGAAGACUACUUCACUGCAACAGAACCCCAGUACCAGCCCGGUGACAACCUGUAAAUCCUUGGUCUCCAGACACUGUCAUGAAUUGCCAGGUGUUUCUCAGCCCUGCCUAAUCUGCCCUUCAGCUUCCAACUCUGUGAUCAGCUUCUCCAGAUCAUCUUCCAGCACCGCCAUGCACAGGAGGGGCCGAAGCUGGGAACUUCUGUAGCCCUUGCCUGCAACCACUUGUCCUAAUAAUCUGAAUGUCCUGG